AUGGCAGACGGCGGUUUGAUGGCAGUAUUGCUGUAUUAUUUGAAGGCGCGAUUUCAAUUCAACAAGAAUCAGUUUGCCGAUUUGAUGAUGAUCUCUGGGAUCGGAGCUACUCUGACACAACUAUUUCUCAUGCCGAUAUUAGUACCUGCUGUAGGAGAGGAGAAGUUGCUCACAACAGGGCUCUUUGUUUCCUGCAUAAAUAUAUUCGUAUACAGUAUAGUGUGGUCGUCAUGGAUAACCAGCAUUGCAUCGAAACAAGUUGGACCGAAUGAACAGGGAAUGGUUCAAGGAUGUCUCUCAGGAAUCACUUCCGUCGCCAACAUCAUUUCUCCAUUAAUUUUCAGUCCACUGACAGCCUUGUUCCUGUCAGAAGACGCACCGUUUAAUUUUCCAGGAUUCAGCCUAAUGUGCCUUGGGCUAAUACUGAUGACAGCAUUUUUCCUUAGUCUUAUGAUUCGUGCUGCGCCUCCUAUUGUUGGCGACAAAGUUAGUAGUAACCGUUGCACAGACACCUUGGUCUGA